UUGAAGACAGUCACCAUGAAGUUUGUGAUCUUGGCUUUGUUUGUUGCUGGUGCCUACGGGUGCGGCCUGCCCACCUUCGCCCCCAUCAUCACCAGGGUGGUCGGUGGAGAUGAUGUCCGUGAGAACAGCUGGCCCUGGCAGGUUUCUCUGCAGUACAAGAGUGGUUCCAACUUCUACCACACUUGCGGUGGAACUCUGAUCUCCAGCCAGUGGGUCCUCACUGCUGCUCACUGCAUUGGAAGCCGCACCUACAGAGUCUAUGUUGGAAAACAUAAUCUGAAGGACAACAACGAGGCUGGUUCCAUCGCCAUCAGUCCCGCCAAGAUCGUCGUCCAUGAAAAUUGGGACUCUUAUAGAAUCCGUAACGACAUUGCCCUGAUCAAGCUGGCAACUCCCGUCACCAUCUCUGACUCCAUCAUGCCUGCCUGCCUUCCCGACUCUGGUGAAGAGCUGGAGCAUGGAGCUCCAUGCUACGUUACUGGCUGGGGACGUCUCUGGACUGGAGGUCCUAUUGCCGACAUCCUGCAGCAGGCUCUCCUCCCUGUGGUCGGCCACUCCACCUGCAGCAAGUAUGACUGGUGGGGCAGCCUGGUCACCCGCAGCAUGGUCUGUGCUGGAGGAGAUGGACAGCUGGCUAGCUGCAAUGGAGACUCUGGUGGUCCUCUGAACUGUCAAAACCCCGAUGGCUCCUGGUCAGUUACUGGCGUGGUGAGCUUCGGCUCCAGCAUGGGCUGCAAUUACCCCAAGAAGCCCUCUGUCUUCACCAAGGUCAGCGCCUACAUCGCCUGGAUCAACAACGUGAUGGCAUCAAACUAAACAAUCUUGGACUAAUUUGUGUCAUCGUCGGCCACUACACUUGACCAUCAAAUAAAGUUGUGCCUAAUACGCA